ACACACACACACAAAAACGUGUGUGUGUGUGUGUGUGUGUGUGUGUGUAUUUAUAGUGUGUGAUGUCAGCGUGGCUGGUCACCUGACCUGUCUCCUGGACAAUAAUUCCCGUGUGUAUCUUUGAAAGUCUGUCGUUGUUUUUAUCUGGUCCCCGGAGAGAAGCCCCGCCCCUCUGUACACACCCCUGCUCAGCAGCCAACCAAUCAGAUUCAGCCCAGGUCUCACCUGCAGCUCAGUCUCCUGAUGUUGGUGAGACACUCAGGCAGGAAGACCACACUCCGUCUUCUCCUCUUCCUGUUUGAAGACCGCAGCUGCGGAGGUGAGGUCUUAUCAGGAGGUCAGUGAUGUCAGAUGAUGUCAUCAGUUCACACGGAUCUGGUCUCCACCAACGGCUGAGAGGAACCAGAGGAACCAGAGGAACCAGAGGGACCAGUGACCAGUGGACGUCAGGAGACAACAGGAGGACAAUCAUGACGGCUCCAGACCAACAGGUCCUGGAGGACCUGCUGUUGUUCCGCAGUGACCUUGGUGACCAGGGGGGGGAGUCACAGAGUCUGAGUGGAGGAGGCCAGACCGUGGAGGAGGAGGAGGAGGAGGAGGAGGAGGAGGAUGAUGUCACUGCUGCUGACACUGACAACCCCCAGGCUCCGCCCACCUCCUCCUCUCAGGAGCCAGUCGUAUGUUGCGGUUGCAGAGGGCAGGUGUAUGACCGUUUCUUCCUGCUGGCAGCAGGGGGCGCCUGGCACAGCAGCUGUCUACGCUGCUCUCAGUGUCAGUGUGAACUCCAGACGCACGGGUCGCUGUACUGUCGCCACGGAAACAUCUACUGUCAACAGGACUACAACAGGAUGUUUGGGGGCGGUCGCUGUUCUCGCUGCUCUCAGCCAAUCCCAGCGUCCGCUCUGGUGAUGCGAUCGGGUCACAUGACCUUCCACCCUCAGUGUUUCUGCUGUCAGGAGUGUGACGUCACGCUGCUCCCCGGGAGUCUGUACUCCGUCCACGGUCACAGACUCCUCUGUCAGUCACACUGCCGGGGCCGCGGGAACUUCCCACCGUCCCUGGACCGUCAGGUCAGGACGCAGCAGCGAGGCGGUGGCGGUGGCGGUGGCGAGCAGAACCAGGUGGUCGCUGAAGGGGAGGAGUCUGUCAGCAGUCCAGAACCACGACAGGCAGGUGGGCGGAGCCACAGAAGCACCAAGCGAAUCAGAACGUGUUUCCGCAGCGAGCAGCUGAGGGCGCUGGAGUCCUAUUUCGCCCAGAAACAUAAUCCUGACGGAAAAGACUGGACCUACCUGGUCCACCGGACCGGUCUGCCCAAGAGAGUCCUGCAGGUGUGGUUCCAGAACGCACGGGCUAAACUUCGCCGCUCGCUCACCUCCACUGAGCCUCAGACUACCCCUGGACCAGCGGUACCCCCGUCUCCUGGGUCUCUGUCUCCGCCCUGUUCCUCUUCCGGCCAAUCGGAGCUCUUCCCGGCCAGCACUAUUGACCCACUGCAGCUGUCGUUGAUCACCGCCCCCCUCUACGACCCACCCAUCAAUCAUCCUGCUCUCUUUCUGGACUACGAUUCCCAGAAUGAACUGGGGGACGACUCCUCUCUGGAAGUCUAUGAGGACGUGGAACCUGAUCUGGAACAAACCACAGCCAUGUUGGAUCACCAACAGAAAUGAAACAAAAAUAUUAUGGUCAAGACUUGAAAUCUGCUAAAAUCUCUGAUUUUCGCCAUGGACUUUGGUCUGAACUCAACUCACUGAUUUUCUCCAUGGA